UAAUCAACUGACGGACCCCUUCGAGACUGCUCGCAGCUGGCAGUGACAGACUUGACUGAAGUCAGUAGAGGCGUGUAUUAGAGGAAAGGUGCACGGAGACAAACACAAGCGAAAACUGAGCAGUUGAUAAAUAGGUCUGCAGCUGCAAAUUUUUUUUUUUUCUUUUUGCAGAAUUUUACAGAAGCUGAUUCAAUUUGAAAGAGUAUUGCAACGUGUCAAUCAUAGGGGUUAGAGUACAGUUUAUACUUUGCAUUUUAUACAUAUAUAUAUGUGUGUGUGUGUGUAAUUUUAUCCUUUCCAUACGGUACAUAUUUUAGGAACCGUGGCUACUAUGGACAAAAUUGUGGACAAUUUUUCUUCAGGGAAACUUUUCCCCAAUUCCAACCUCUUGGAUCUUGAGGAUUUGAAUGAAGCAGAUUUUUUCAAUAAUGUGCAUUUCUCUGAGAACAUGGAGGAUUUUUCCAACGAGCUGUUCAGCAGUUUCUUUGACGACCCCCUUCUGGCUGAGAAGAACCCCCUGUUGGAUAUGGAGCUGGACCCCCCCAGUCCAGACAUCCAGGCUGAGCACAGCUACUCCCUGAGCGGGGAUUCAGCUCCUCAGAGCCCCAUCAUGUCCAUUAAAAUGGACGAGGAAGACCAAGAUUCAGAUGCUAGCAUGUGGUGCUUGGGCCAUGAACUUUCUACCAUACUGGUGAAACAAGAACCCAACCUACUGGCAGAGCCAACCCCGACUCCCAUGGUAACAAACGCCCCCCAGCCCAUAAACCUGGCCCCGCUUCCCAAGCUUGCUCCCAUGGAAGAAAUGGCUCCUAAGGAAUUGAAUCCCCUUCCUCUGAUUAAAGCUGAACCCAGAGAAGUGAACCAGUUCCUGAACGUCCCAUCAGAUGAGCUGGUACAGCUUCCCCCUACUCCCCCCAGCAGCCAUGGCAGCGACAGCGACGGCUCCCAGAGUCCUCACUCCCUGCCUCCCUCCAGCCCAGUCCGACCACAGGCUCGUACCUCCACUGCCAUCUCCUCCUCGCCCCUCCUCACAGCGCCUCACAAGCUGCAGGGAACCUCAGGGCCUCUGAUGCUCACUGAAGAGGAGAAGCGCACCCUUGUCGCAGAGGGCUACCCCGUCCCAAACAAGCUGCCCCUCACCAAGACCGAGGAGAAGGCACUGAAACGGGUCAGGAGGAAGAUCAAAAACAAGAUUUCCGCACAAGAGAGCAGAAGAAAGAAGAAGGAAUAUGUAGAAUGCCUGGAGAAAAAGGUUGAGACGUAUACAUCAGAGAACAAUGAACUGUGGAAGAAAGUAGAGACUCUGGAAAACGCCAACAGGACUCUGCUUCAGCAGCUGCAGAAGCUGCAGACCCUUGUAACAGGAAAAGUGCCCAGAUCCUGCAAAAUGGCUUCAACACAAACAGGAACCUGCCUCAUGGUGGUGGUUCUGUGUUUCGUUCUGGUCCUGGGCUCCUUCAUGCCAAGCAUCCCAGAAUUCUCCUCUGUGUCACAGACAGUGAAGUCAACUCCCCUGUCAUCGUCGGAUGCUUACACCAGCAGCCAGAUUCGCUCCCGAAGCCUGCUCUUCUAUGAUGAGGGGGCCUCUCUGGAGGACAGAUACAGCUCCUUCCUGGCAGUGGAGCACACCGAUGACUGGGAGGCUUCACCCAACGACUUUGCAGAGGAAGGGGAGAAGGAGACUCAAGACCCGCCCCAGGGGCACAAGAACAGGGCACACGAGGCCUCCAAGUACCUCAGCAAACUAGAUGUGAUGAACUUCAACAGGACGGACUCCGAGUUCAUUCACCAGAAAGAACAGUUUCACAAAAGGGAUGUGAACUCCGACAGCCCGGCAGAAUUUGUGUAACCCGUCAGGUGGGAGCUGCUCUCUGCAGCCGGAUCAUCUCCUGACUGACGGGUCUCAGUAGCAGGGAGGCUGUCCGCUCCAGGUCUGGGUCGCCCCGAGCGCUAAUGCUUACCAAAGCCUGUGGCAUCUUCGUUCUAACACUGUGCCAAUCAUGACGUCCAUUGUUACACUGACAAGGGAUGAGAGGGGAGGGGAGGGGAGGGGACGGGAGGGGGGGCAAGCUUGGCCCGACCCACACAUUUUUACUUUUAUUUCAGGGCUUUAGCAAAUAGAUUUUUUUUUUUUUUUUACAGUAUUUUUUUUCUGUACAUUUGUUUGAUCUGCUUCUGCUGAAUACAGCAUGAGACUGGGAGUGGGAGUUUUUUAAUUAUCACUGCGCUGAAGAGGUGCUUGACAGAGUAUACAGAAACACACCUGAGAUAAAAACAAGCUGAAGGAACACAGAAAAACAGUAAGGAUAUCAAACUCUUGGAGUUCAGUUGUUAAAACUUUAGUAAAACCUAGACCACCAGAAUUAUGUUUGUGAGAGCUCAACCUUUCUCUAUAGCAAUCCUUUACCCUGUGGUAUGGAAGCCAGCUUUCAGGAAGCGUUUAAAGGGUACAUCAGGAGACCUCUCAGAACUACAUUUCCCAUCCUCCUCCUGCUCACUGGUAAAUCCAUCUCAGUUACAUAUGUGAGCAGGAGGAUGAUGAGAAAUGUAGUUCUGAGAUGCCCAUGCGGGUACAUGAGAAGCCAUCUUGAGGCAGGGAAUGCAAUUUAAAAAAGUGGUCAAAAUGUUAAAAAAAAAAAAAAAAAUUAAAACAA